AUGGCCUUCACAGAUCAACUUCUCACUGUUGCAGACUCCCUUGCUGCCCCUCACUGUCAGUUGUGCUAUACAAUAUUCACAACUGACAACCAUAAAGUCCGACUGGCUCCCAGGAUGCCGCUGACGAAGAAGCUGAAGAAAUUGUUGGAUCGAUAUGCAUUACAGUCGACCUCCGCCUCUUUAUCUUCGUUACCUCCUUCCCUCAACAAGUGCCAGCUGAAGAUGGUGAAGAGAUACCUCAACAGCAGCAACGUCCUGGCAGUGUCGUGUAACACGUGUGGUAAAACUACAAAGACCAAGUGUCAAGGUCGCUCUGACCGUGUCAAACAGUUGAUGUCGUGGAGAGAGCCAGUAGAAAUUGAAGAGAAAGAAGUGUCAUUUAUGAAGAAAAAGAAAUCCAAGAGAAGCCUCAAUGUCAGAUCUCUCAGUGACCUCCCCUGAUGAGCCACUAGGUGGCACUACAAACAGAUCCAGUCGGCCAGUGAACAUUGGUGCUGCCAAAACUAAUUCAAAGAAGAAAGCUGUUGGUACACCUCUUAGCACAAGCACCACGAUAGCAGCUCCAGACAGUGGAACAGAAGACGGAUCCUCAUCUCAGGUUUCAAAGUCCUCCAAUUUAAAGAAAAAAGACUGCCGACAGGCUCCCAGUGCAGACAAAUCUUCAUCUGUGUUAGCCUUGCUUGCAUCCAUGGGGGUCAAGUCAGGGGGUGUGACCAAGAAGAAGAAGAAGAAGGGGAGGGACAGGCAUCAGCAGCUGGAGAAGAUGCUGCAGGAACAGAAGGCGGUUAAACCCCCGAAUCAGCAGAAAAACAGUCUGGCAGAUUUCCUCUCGCAGAUGACGUACUGAACAUUUGUGUACAGAUCUUAGUGUCUACUUUGGGGCGAUGGGGGUAGCCUUGUGGUGAAAGCGUUCGCUUUUGCUCGUCACGCUGAAGACCCGGUUUGAUUCCCCACAUGGGUACAAUAUGUGAAGCUCAUUUCUGAUGUACUCCACUGUGAUAUUUCUAGAAUAUUGCUAAAAGUGGCGUAAAACCAUACUCACUCACUCAUGUCUACUUGCUGCUAUUAUUGACUAACGGGUUGAAUGUAGAGCUUGAGCUCAGUGUGGGUAUGGGAUUAUAUGAUUGAUAUCUUCACAUUAGAAUCAAAUAUUGUUGAAUGCAAAUAACCAGGUAACCAUUACAAUUUGAGUUUAUGUAUGAAAUAGAGGAAAUUGCAUUUGCAAAAACAACUGGAUCUCAAGAGGCCAUGUUGGCUAUGGUGCUUAAGUUAAACAUGCAGAGUUGCCUCCCUUUGGCAUGCCAGAAUACAAUGAAUACUGAUUCCCGCUGAUUAUAUUUGUCAGCACCAUACCUGUGCUUGUGGGUUUACGGUUUAUGUGGUAAAAAUCGGAGCCGGUGUCACUUCAGGUUUUCUUCCCAUAUUAAUCUGACAAUCCGUGAAAACUGGAAUACACUUUAAGCAGCAUUAAAUACAAAUCACUGACUCCAAUCUGUUAAAUAGGUUCAUGUCCGGGAAGGCUAAAAUCGCGACGCUUCUCGGUUCAAUGAGCGUAGCCUUCACGGUACUUGCAAUGCAAUGUUAUGGCUGAAU